AAAUAAAAAAGAGAAAACGAAGCACAAGCUAGCUAGAAAAAAAAAAAAAAAAAAAAGGUUAUUAGAUUCACUUGUUGAAUCUCUUGAUCAUAAUCGAGGUUCGUUGGAUUGAGGAAAAUGAGAGUUCCAGAGAGAGACCCUCUUGCACAAUUGAGUUUACCACCUGGGUUUAGGUUUUACCCUACAGAUGAAGAGCUUCUUGUUCAGUACCUUUGUCGCAAGGUUGCUGGUCACCAUUUUUCUUUGCCAAUCAUUGCUGAAGUUGAUUUGUAUAAGUUUGAUCCAUGGGUUCUUCCAGGUAAGGCUGUGUUUGGAGAGAAGGAGUGGUACUUUUUCAGCCCUAGAGACAGGAAGUACCCUAACGGUUCAAGACCAAACAGGGUUGCAGGUUCUGGGUAUUGGAAAGCCACAGGCACAGACAAAGUCAUCACCACUGAAGGUAGAAAAAUUGGCAUAAAAAAAGCACUUGUUUUCUACAUUGGCAAAGCUCCCAAAGGCUCCAAAACCAAUUGGAUCAUGCAUGAAUAUCGCCUUCUCGACUCUUCAAGAAAAAACAAUCUCGGAACCACAAAGCUUGAUGAUUGGGUUUUGUGUCGUAUCUAUAAGAAGAAUUCGAGUGGCCAAAAGGUUGGGGCCAAUUUACGGGACAAAGAAUGCAACAAUGGGUCGUCACCUUAUUCAUCGUCCCAUAUAGACGACAUGCUUGAAUCAUUGCCCGAAAUCGAUGAUCAAUGCUACAUGUUACCACAAGAUGAGAAAUUCGGAUUUCAAAACAUGGGAACCGAAAUUUUCUCUGAUUGGGUUAACCCAACGGAUAUGGAUUCGACUUCUGAAUUCGGAUCGGGUUACCAAACUCAAGGGAUAAUGAAUUAUAAUUGUAAUGACUUAUUUGUCCCUUCCAUGUCACCCCCAUUUGGCCACGUGGAUUUCUUGGUAGGGACACCAACCGUAGAGGAGUUCCAGAGUGGCAUGAGAACCCAACGGGUCAAUGGAGCGGAGUGCUUUCAGCCGAAUACGAAUACCCGAUUGUUACCCGAUUCAGCCGACCCAUUUGGGUUCGGGUACUUGGGUCAUGGGUUUGAGUCACGAGACUAAAGGAUCUGGAAUUUUAUUUUUAUUUUUAUUUUUGUAAAUAAUUGGGGAUUCUAAUUUCUAUGGCCAUUGCAAUGGUUUUUGUUAUUGGCUCCCAAAGUGGAAAGGGAAAAUGUAGUUUUAGUCAUGUUUUGCGGCUAGAGAACUUGGAGGUUGGCACUUGGCACAUACAUUGAAUCGAUAUGAAAUUGAUGAAGUACGCUAUGUUGAUUGCAUGCACCACAACCACAAUCGCAUGGGAAUGCUGAAAUUAAUUGUUUACAAGACGUACAUUAUUGAGCUUAACAUGAAUCACGCUGUACUUCAAAGUUCAAAGCAUUGGCAGCUGUUUUCCAAAGUUUGGUUUAGAUGUUUUAUUGUUCCAUAGCAUUGGUGUCGACAACCUGAUUAAUUAUUACCAAGUACUGAAAAUAUGUUACCUACCCUUUGUUAUAAACUUGUCUAAACUUGUCUUGCCUGGCUGAUUGUGAAAAGUGACAUCGACGUGUUAAAUGAAAUCCUGUUUAAUGUGUGAUACAAA